UUUUUUUUCUCUCCCCUCGGAGAGGGAAGGAUGGGUGGGGAAAGCGAGCGCUCACGAAAGCGAGGCGAGGAGGAAUCCCACAAUACCAGGCGGGUUGCGAGCCCGGCACUGCCGCUGUCUCUUUAAUGCAAGAGGAAGCGAUGCGGAGGGGUGGAAAAUGGCAGAGUUGCAGAUGUUACUAGAGGAGGAAAUCCCUUCUGGCAAGCGGGCUUUGCUCGAGAGCUACCAGAACCUCACUCGAGUCGCCGACUACUGCGAAAACAACUACAUCCAGGCUCCAGAUAAAAGGAAAGCAUUAGAAGAGACCAAAGCCUACACAACUCAGUCUCUAGCCAGUGUUGCUUAUCAGAUCAAUGCUCUGGCCAACAAUGUACUACAGCUGCUGGACAUCCAGGCAUCCCAGCUGCGGAGGAUGGAGUCCUCCAUCAACCAUAUCUCCCAGACUGUGGACAUCCAUAAAGAAAAGGUUGCUCGCAGAGAGAUAGGCAUUUUGACGACCAAUAAGAACACAUCAAGAACUCACAAAAUUAUAGCGCCAGCGAACAUGGAGCGUCCUGUAAGGUAUAUUCGAAAACCUAUAGACUACACGGUGCUGGAUGAUGUUGGCCAUGGCGUAAAGUGGCUAAAAGCCAAGCAUGGAAAUAACCAGCCUGCAAGAACUGGCACCUUGUCAAGAACAAAUCCGCCUACACAGAAACCACCAAGUCCUCCCAUGUCAGGCCGGGGAACUCUGGGGCGAAAUACUCCUUACAAAACCCUGGAGCCAGUCAAACCGCCAACAGUCCCUAAUGAUUACAUGACCAGUCCUGCCAGACUGGGCAGCCAGCACAGCCCGGGGAGGACAGCUUCCUUGAACCAGAGACCAAGAACACACAGUGGCAGUAGUGGAGGUAGCGGCAGUCGAGAGAACAGCGGCAGCAGCAGUAUUGGCAUUCCCAUUGCCGUGCCUACACCUUCGCCACCAACCAUUGGGCCAGCACACAUUUCUGUUCCUCCUCCUCCUGGAGCCCCGCCAGCACCACCACUGCCACCACCUCUCCCGAUGGGCAGUCUGAUAGCUGCUCCAGGUUCAGCUCCUGGUUCCCAGUAUGGCACAAUGACCAGGCAAAUCUCGCGACACAACUCUACCACUUCUUCAGCAUCUUCUGGUGGAUACAGACGGAAUCCUUCUGUGACUGCCCCAUUUUCUGCUCAACCUCAUGUUAAUGGCGGGCCUCUUUAUUCUCAAAAUUCAAUUUCUAUUGCUCCACCCCCUCCCCCUAUGCCUCAGUUGACUCCACAGAUACCUCUCACAGGCUUCGUGGCCAGGGUGCAGGAAAACAUUGCCGAUAGCCCGACUCCUCCCCCCCCGCCGCCCCCUGACGAGAUGCCAAUGUUCGAUGACUCCCCCCCACCUCCACCCCCACCCCCCGUGGACUACGAGGACGAGGAGGCUGCUGUUGUGCAGUACAGCGAUCCCUAUGCGGAUGGAGAUCCUGCCUGGGCGCCGAAGAACUACAUAGAGAAAGUCGUUGCUAUAUAUGACUAUACAAAGGACAAAGAUGAUGAGCUGUCGUUUAUGGAGGGUGCAAUCAUUUAUGUGAUAAAGAAGAACGAUGACGGCUGGUAUGAAGGAGUUUGCAAUCGAGUAACCGGCUUGUUUCCUGGGAAUUAUGUUGAAUCAAUCAUGCACUAUGCCGAUUAAAAUCCUUUGCUUUUCAAAGUUGGGUCUUGUACUCAGUCAUACCAUGAUUAUUUACGAGGGGUAACUAAAAGCUAACAGAAUUGUCUUAAUAUACUUUCAAAAAAAUGUGCCCAUUUCUUCAGGCCAUACUGUUUUAAUGGUAUGAUUGAAUGUCCAUCUCUCUGAGUCUCUGGGGGCAGUAUGUCUUACCUGAUGGCAAUCUGUAAAACAAGCAACUGUCUAUAACUGGUUAUACUUAUUUACUUACGCAUUGUUAAUUUUAUGACCAGCCUAAAUAUUCUGGGGAAGUAGGGUAUAAUAUUUAAUGAACCAUGAUUCAGAUUGUGCCAUUACAUUUUUCAGUACAGCAUGGUAACUAACACUACGUUAGACUAACAUAUUAAAAUCUGGAUGAGAAGUUUAAUGUUAGUGCUGGUCAUGUUACUUUUUGUUUAGACUCUUUGCUCAUUCUUGAACUAUAUUUGUUUAAAGCAUGCAUACAAACUUAUGUAUUGAAAUAUACUUUUUUAAAAAUCCAAGAUGCUUCCAAUUGUUGUAAUCUUUACCUGGAGUAUUCUCACUGAAGUCUAUUACAAUGAGUUGUUUGGGUCUAAGAUGUCCAUGUGAAUCAAAAAAUGGGUGGUCUUAUGUAUGUGUAAUUUGUACCCAAGUUUUUUUAAUAAGUAAAUUUACAUUAUGACUUUUUCCAUUCAUAAAUAUAUAAGUGAACCAAAGGUCUUGUCCAUUGCUUUGUUGGCUGGCUUGACAAAGAAGUUUGGAAUGCUAACGUAGCAAAAUCAUGGCUGUGUUAUCCCAGGUGAUGUACUAAAAAGCAAAUGUUUGUAACAUGACUUUAUCACUGACAGAGGGCAAAUAAAUUAGAUAUGAAACCUGAA